CAAUCACAGCUUUAUAUGCAGAGACAACUACAGCAUCCUAACCAGCCCAACACAGCAACAACAACCAGUGGCUUCCGUUAUCCAGAGAUGUUGAGCAUGAAGAAAACUGUGAGGUCCUACAGCAGUCAGUCCUCAGUGGGUAUGAGCAACAAAAGCUUCUCCUCAUGGAGCUCCUUUGGGAGUGGAGCAAGGGGUGCUGUUGAGGGUUUUAAGGUUGUUGGUGGGUACAAAUCAAGUUCUGGGAUUUAUGGAGGUGGUCUGGAGUUUGGGUAUGGGAUGGGCAUGGUGUCAAGAGAAGGUUGGGGCUCUGCUCCAACCGUUUACCCUCCAAUUACAGCUGUAAAAGUCAAUGAAAAUCUCCUAGCACCUCUGAACCUGGAGAUUGACCCUAACAUCCAAGCCAUCAGGACUGAAGAGAAAGAACAGAUCAAGACACUCAACAAUCGCUUUGCUUCAUUCAUUGACAAAGUACGUUUCCUGGAACAGCAAAACAAGAUGCUGGAGACCAAAUGGAGUCUCUUGCAGGAACAGACCAACAACCAAUCCAGCACUGAUGUUAUGUUUGAGAACUACAUUGCAAAUAUGCACAGACAGCUGGACAGACUAGGCAAUGAGAAGCUCCAUCUGGAGUCUGGCCUUCGUGACAUGACCAGCCUGGUUGAAAACUUAAAGAGCAAGUAUGAAGAUGAAAUUAACAAGCGGAAUGACAGUGAAAACAACUUUGUGCUCCUUAAAAAGGACACUGAUAGUGCAUACCUGAAUAAAGUGGGGUUGGAAUGUAAACUGGACAUCCUAACAGAUGAGCUUGACUUCCUUAGGCAGAUUUAUGAGGAGGACCUACAUGAGCUCCAGUCACAGAUCAAGGACACAUCAGUUACUGUGGAGAUGGACAACAGGAGAAAUCUGGACAUGGAUUCAAUUGUGACAGAAGUUCGUGCUCAGUAUGAGGAGAUUGCCAAUCGCAACCGUGCCGAAGCAGAGAGCUGGUACAAACAGAAGUAUGAAGAAAUGCAGUUGUCGACCACCAAACAUGGAGAUGAUUUAAAAAGCACAAAAGCUGAAAUUGCAGAAUACAAUCGUAAAAUUUCCCGUAUACAGUCUGAAAUGGAAAUGAUUAAAGGCCAGCAUUCAAACCACGAGGCUCAGAUCACUGAGGCAGAGGAGCGUGGUGAGCUAGCUGUGCGAGAUGCAAAACAGCGUCUCCAAGAGCUCGAGGCAGCUCUUCUGAGAGCAAAACAGGAUAUGGCUCGCCAGGUACGCGAGUACCAAUCAUUAAUGAACAUCAAACUUGCCCUGGACAUUGAGAUCGCCACUUAUAGGAAACUCCUGGAAGGAGAGGAGAGCAGGCUGUAUGGUAGAUUCCAGAAUCUUUCCAUCUCUAAACAAAUAUCCUUCAGCUAUGACCUCGAAAGCAGCCACCUUACAAGUGUCUCAUCACAAAGUGUUGGGAAAGAUGUUCUUGACACAGGCCUGGUGAAGAAGGAAGUCAUGAUUGCUGAGCGUGACAGUGGCAUCGUGGCAAAUGAGAGUUAUAAAGCUGCCACGUUCACCAGCAGCACCGCCACAGUCACCAAAAGCACAAAGACCAUCAUCAUCACCAAUGAGACAGAGAAGAAAUUGGUAGCUACAGAGAGCAUUGUGGAAGUUAUGGAAAAGUCUGCAGAAGAGGAUGUUAUUGAAUGACUGAUGAAUAGAUGAAUAGAAUGUCCUGUGCACAAGGCCAUCGCUUGAAAUUACAGGGCAAGGAGAGUGUCCACUGUGUCCUUCGUUAAGGCAUGGCAGACCAAAAUGUUUUACAUAAUAUGUGAAUAGUAAGUAAAAAAAAAAAAAAAAAA